AUGUAUCUAAAUUGUAUUGGAGUAUGUGGUGAUGCUAAUGGAACUGAAGGAAUUAAAGAAGGAAAAAGAAUAAAGCAAGAGUCAAAAAAUAAUAUAGAAUAUAAUUCCGAUAAGCCAUUAGAAAUAUCAAAAAAAGAUGCGGAUAGUCUUUGCAUAGAUAAUUGCACAAAAUUUUCAAUAAAAAAAGUUAACGAACUUAGAGUCAGAUCUGAAAGUCAACUUAAUUCUCUUUUUAUAACUGACAGUAAUACUAAAUUAAUAAAUGAAAAAACCGAUCUUAUUAAAAAAAAAUUAUUAGUUGAGACAAAAGUUAAGGAUAGUGAAGCUGUAAAUCAUAUUGUAAGUGGCCUCCGUAUUAUAGCAUUGAGAAAAAAAAUUCCGUGCACUGCAAUUAAUGACAUUUUAAAAUUAUUGAAACCUAUCUUCCCAAAAAUUCCACUUGAUUAUCGCACAAUCCUUGAAACACCAAGAAUAACGAAUGUAAGAAAUGUUAUGCCUGGCCAAUACGUCCACUUUGGAUUAAAAUCCGGAAUAAUUUUCAAAAUAAGGCAAUUAGAGUUAAAAAAUUCCAUAGUAAAGCUUGAUAUAUUUAUCGAUGGAGUUAGUGUUCAUCAAACUUCUAAGAAUAAAACUUUUUGGGUCAUUCUUGCCAGAAUUAAUGGUUACGAAAAUUCAAUAAUUCCAAUUGGACUGUAUAAUGGGCCUAGAAAACCUGAUGAUUUUGAUGAUUUUUUAUCAGAAUUUGUAUAUGAGCUUAAAGCCAUUUUAGACACAGGAAUUGUUAUAAAUUGUGUAACUGUAAAAUUAAAUAACUUUUGCUUGGACACUCCCGCUAGAGCUUCAACAUUGGGAAUUAUUGGUCAUGCAGGUUACAGGUCAUGCGUUCGUUGUUUGUGUAAUGGAUGUAGAGAAGAUGGAAGAAUGUUGUUUAAAAAAAGUGAUGUCAAACGAACAGAUCAAAUGUUUAAAGACAGGACAGAUUUGAAAUUUCAUGUGAGAGAUUCUUUAGUUGAGAGAGAACUAUGCAUUAAUACGAUAUCACAAUUCCCACUCGACUUUUUACAUGUAAUUUGUUUAGGAACUACCCGAAGAUUGUUUAGGAAGUUAAUUGGUCCAGAUAAACCCUUAUUUCCAAAGUCACGUAGUAAAAUUGAUGAAAUAUUAGACAAAAUUAAUUUAACUUUGCCGACUGAAAUUCAUCGAACUUUUCGUAAUAUUAACGAUAUCUCAAGUUUUAAAGGACAUGAAUGGCGAAUAAUUUUGUUAAAAAUUGCACCUUUGAUAUUUAAACACACAAUAUCACAGUCUUUUUAUCAGCAUUUUUUGCUUCUUACAUGUUCUUUUUCAAUUUUAUGUAGCCCAGAAAUUUGUAUUAAGUACAAUCAAAUCGCACAUGAAAUGCUCAGUAAGUUCAAUUCAUUAAUUGCCAUUUUAUAUGGAGACCAUUUAUACGUACCAAUGGUACAUCAAUCCACUCAUUUUGCAGACGAAGUGAUUAUUCAGCAACAGCCGUGUGACAAAUUCUCAACCUGGGAAUUUGAAUCGUACAUGACCCCUAUAAAGAAUUUAGUUCAUGGCCCUAAAUUACCAUUAAGUCAAAUGUUUAGACGCAUAACAGAAUACUUUAAUUGCCCAAACAAUUUAGUGCCUCAAAAAAAUUUAAGUAAAAAGGGCAAAACGUUUUUGUACUAUCAAGGCAUUCGAAUUGACACAAAGGAUUGUAGAGAUAGAUUCUUUUUAACAAAACAAAAAGAUUUAAUUGUUAUUUUAAAGAUUGUUAAUUUUGAAAAGUGCCAGUUUUUAUGCCGUAGAUUGAAAAUUAUUGAAGACUUCUUUUUAAAGCCAAUAGUUGCUUCAAAACUGAAUUUUUUUCAUGCUUCCACUCAAUAUGAAGGUGAAAAGUUUUUGAUUGACAUGACACAGAUUGAAAGAAAACUAAUGUGUAUGAUUACAGAGGAAGACAGUCUUUUUUUUGCACCAAUAACGAUAAUCAUGUUCACUGUUGUAAAGAAUAAACAGAAUGCAUUUUACGUGAUACGUAAAAUAUGGCUAAGUGAAGUAGAUGAGGAAGGAAAAAUUUAUGCAUAUUAUCCUGCUCCAGCCAAAAUGAAUAAGUACCUUGAAAAAGGUACUAGCGUUAAGAAAAAUUGGAAGCACGAAGAGAUUUUUGUUCAAUUGAAUGACAUUCAAGAUUUAAAAGAAGCUAACGAUUUCAUUGAGAAAAAAAUUCAAUUUUUAAAUUCCGAUGUAGAGGAAAAACAGCAAAACAAGAAGAUUAAAUUGAACGAUACUGAAUCAUUAGAGGAAUAUGACUUCAAUGAAGGAUUUGACGAGGAAGCUCUUGAUGAAACCUUAUUAAGCCAAGUUGUCCCUAAUUCAAUUAAUCAAUCAAGUAUAAUUGACAAUGAUGAUGUAUUCUCGGAAACACCAUUUCGAUUCGAUUCGUUUUCGCCAAGACAAGUCCAGCAUACACAACAAGGAAACAUGGUUUUGGUAUCAAAGGAAUCACUGGAUUACUUGAUAAAUGAAAUUCAAAAUAUAAAGAUUACUCAACAGCAUCAAGUGAAUUUGAUGACUAAUUUUAUGGAAAUGGUGCGAGAUGAAUUCAAAUCACUUAAAAAUGAUUUGGCUGCACAAAGAAAUGAUUCCUUAGACAUUACAUAUAAACCGCCAAUCAUAUCAACGACUGAAGAAUUAAAUGAAAUGGAGGAAAAACUUGGAUUGAUGAACGAAUCAUUCUUAAAUGAUUACAAAGCCAUGGUCAGUAUAGAUCAGAGAUCGAAGCCGAUUUUUUCGGCUUAACUCAAUU